UAGAAAAAGAAAAGAAUUUUUAAAAAAUUUUGAUUAGUUUUAAGAAUUGUUUAUUUAUUUUUAAGAUUUCAAUGAAUAGCAGAAAAUGGCAGUAGCACCGGAAUUUCAGAAAACAAUCUUCACUUGGAAUAUAAAAAAUUUCAAUCAAAUCCUAACGACAAAAAAUGAAUUGCAUUCACCCGAGUUUCCAUCCGAGGGCAAUGUUUGCGACGACUGGAGUAUCGUACUGAAUUGGUCGAGAAGAAUUUUCUGCGGCACUUGUACAACUUAUCAUAAUCUAGUUUGCGAGGAAUGUCACCAGGAACACUGCAAAGGCGACGUCUCUAUUCAUCUCUCGUUUCCAAGAAUUAGCCAAAAUCUCCCACCGCUCAAGGUCAAAUACAUUUUACAAAAUUCCAGCUCCGAUAAGCACUACAAAAAAAGCACCGUAUUCUGUGUCCAAGGUGAGGAAUUCUCCCAAUCCGGAUUCCGAGACUUCAUCACUUUGAAACGAAUCAAAGAUUACAUUGUAGAUAAGGAUCUAACAAUUAUUUGCAGCAUUAAGCAGGCCUCAAAGCCACUAUCGACUGGUUUCGAAUGUUUCAUGAGUAAAACAUCGCUGAGCGAUGUUGAAUUCCACAUUGGUGGUCAAGUAUUUCCCGCUCAUAAAGUUAUAAUGUCUUCGAAGAGUCCGGUUUUCAGGCAAAUGUUCGCCCAUCAGCUGAAGGAAAAUAUUAACAAUGUGGUUAAUAUCGUUGAUAUCGAAUCGAACGUUUUCUACGAACUUUUGUGGUUCAUGUACAGUGGGAAGGUGCGAAAACUAAACGAACACGCCUGCUCGCUUUUAAUCGCAGCCGACAAAUAUGAUGUGAACUCGCUAAAAACAAUUUGCGAGAUUUAUCUGCACAAGAAUCUAACCAGCGAGAAUGUGGUAAAAAUCCUUAAACUCGCGGAUAAACUCAAUUCUUUCAGUCUAAGGGACAAUUGCUACACUUUUAUUAAAUGUAAUUUCAAGGAAGUUGUUACUUCUGAAGAAUUUAAAACCCUUGGUGAUUGUAUACCGUUACUGAUGAAAAUAGCCGAAGAUUACUUCGUCGAUUCAUGGACGUCAAAAAAAGUCGUUGACUCUUGUGAGAAUAAUAAUCAAGCAGAGCAAAAGAAUGACGGUUACGAAACUUUUCUCAAUCAGGAAAUUUGGAGUGACGUGGAAAUUCACAAUAAUGGUAAAAUAUAUAACGCCCAUAAACUUAUUUUAUCGGCGAAAAGUGCAGUUUUUAGAACAAUGCUCGUCGAUCUUGAAGGACAUGCAAAAAUUGAAAUCAAAGACAUUGAUCCUUUGGUUUUUUAUCAACUUCUACGUUUCAUUUAUACUGGAUUUGUGGAAAAUCUCGAAGAUAUGACGUACGAACUCCUGCUAGCUGCUGAUAAAUACCAAAUUUCGUCAUUAAAGACAGUUUGUGAACAGGCACUAAUUUUAAAAGUGAACUGCGAAAAUGUUGUUUCGAUGCUGAAAAUCGGGGAAAAUCGCAAAGCCGAUAAACUGAAAGAACGGUGUUUUUUGUUCUUGAUUCGAAAAUUGAUAUCUGGCACCCUUGGAAUGGAUGUUUUUAAACAAUUAUCCAAAACGCAUCCUCAGCUUGUUUUGGAGUUGCUAAUAACUACGGGAAUUAAAUGCGAGGAGGAAGAAUAAAAAUAGUUCAUUACUAUUGAUACUUUAUUUUUUUACGCUUGUUCCAUAAUUUUCAGUUU